UAGUCAUGCACGGCUUUGCUCGGCGACGCCGAACGACCGCGUCAGUGUUACCCGCUUGUAACCAACGCCGUUGAUGCGAUCCCAAGAGACUUCGGCGUCGAUUUCUACCUGCCAUUAUCGAGGCCGGGAACGCCCAGCAAAUUAUAUUCGCAUUUCUGUCCGAGCGAUUGUAUUACCUGCGCGAAAUCUUGAAUGACAAAUACAAUCGCGAGAGUUUCAUUUUCCAAAAGUUCUUGAAAACUCUGGUCUUUGUUCUGUUCCCAAAAAAUUACAUGAUCUAAGCAGAGUAGAGAGAUUUAAAGUGAGUUAGCAACAUCAAAAUGGCUUGGCGUUUUAAAGCAUCUAAAUAUAAAAAUGCCGCACCAAUUGUUCCUAAGCCAGAGGCUUGUAUUCGGGAUAUUUCUGUGGGCUCAUAUCAAACCUAUGGGAACAACAUAACAGCCUCUGCAGCGUUUAUGGCAUUCAAUGUUGAUCAUAAUGGUUCCAGUUUAGCAGUAUUGCCAUUAGAAGAUUGUGGUAGAAAGAGCAAGACUAUGCCACUGCUUCAUGCGCAUGCAGACACUGUGACAGAUAUGGAUUUUUCUCCUUUUCACGAUGGCUUACUUGCAACUGGUUCUCAGGAUUGUCUUGUAAAAUUGUGGCAUAUCCCAGAAACUGGUUUGGAAGAGUCUUUGUGCAAUCCAGAAUGUACAUUCUCUCAUCGCCAACGAAGAGUCGAAGCAGUAUGUUGGCAUCCAACCGCCGAACAUCUUCUGACCACUACAUCUUUCACCAACCUGUCCCUUUGGGAUGUUCUCUCUCAGCAGGAACUUUUCUCUAACAGUGAUCACACAGAAGUAAUUCAAUCUCUAAGUUGGAAGCAAGAUGGCACUGUUUUGGCAACGUCCUGCAAGGACAAGCAAGUGAGGAUCAUAGAUCCUCGAGCGUCCUCUUAUAUUGUUAACUCGUGCUCAAGCCAUCAAAGCAUCAAAGAUUCCAGAAUAGUUUGGUUAAAUAACAGUGAUAGAAUACUCACCACAGGAUUCGACGCAGCAAGACUUCGUCAAGUUUUCAUUAGGGACUUGAGGCAUUUAAAUGACCCAGUAAAAACACUAGAGUUGGACUGCAGCACUGGUAUUUUGAUGCCACUUUUCGAUCCUGACACAAAUAUGCUCUUUCUUGCUGGAAAAGGUGACACUACUAUUAUGUACAUGGAAGUCACAGAUAAAGAUCCUUAUCUUGUGGAGGGAAUCCGUCACAGCGGCGAGCAGACCAAAGGGGUUUGCUUGGUUCCCAAACGAGCGCUCAAUGUUAUGCAGGCCGAAGUUAACAGACUGUUACAACUCACUUCCAAUAUAGUGAUUCCAAUCAUGUAUCAAGUGCCACGAAAAACGUACAGAGACUUUCACGCGGACAUUUAUCCAGAAACAGCUGGUUAUGUUGCUCAAAAUAACGCAGCGGCAUGGAUUAAAGGUCAUAAUGCGCCUGUACCAAAAAUAUCGCUUGAUCCUGCUAAAAGGAACAAAGGCGAAGAGCCGAUUACUGUACACAAAGGGAAUUUAGCGGCGCUCAAAGAGAAUCAAAGCGAAAUUAAAAUGGAACAACAACAAACUCAACAACAACAACAACAACAACAAAUGAACUCUCGGCAAUCAAAAGCCUUGGUCAUUACCACGCCGAAAGGAUUCUCAAAACCACAGAGCAACGCGAACGAAAAUGAUGACAAUAUCGAAAACGAAGCCGAAAAAAUGGACGACUCGAAAAAACUCGAGACGGAAGAAGAAAAGACGAAGAUGCAAAAUGGAGGACAAACUGUUCCACCGAAACCUUUACCGAGAGCGUCACGAACUAACAGCAUCUCCGAAGAGGAACCGAAACCAGUGGCGCGUCCUCGCACAUCGCCGAAUCCCGGAUCAGUAGUUACAUCAGUAAAUCCUAAUGCGAUUGGCGGAUAUAAGCCCCGCCUCGGUCCUAAACCAUUCCAAGCAAAGUCCACCAGUCAGGAAUUUUCGUUCGAUAAAGUCUUCUCUGUACCUGUUGCGCCGAAUAGUGACAACACCAGCAACGGUUGUCAUCAUCAGAACGAAGUUAAUAACGUUGUAGAGCAUAACACGGAAGCGGACAAGUCGCCUACUUUGACGCCUAACGAGCGCGUGAAAGAUACGGAAAAUGGCAAGAGCGAUUCCAGUUCCAUAGAGGAAGACGCUAAUUCGAGCGACUCUGGUUAUAAGCCGAAAACACCGAGCACCGCGGAGAGACGCAAAGUGUUUGAAACGAAAAUGAAAGACGAGUCGCCCGAAAAUGAAGACAUUGGUAAUUUUGAACGCGGCGCAAACAGAAAUUCGAUAGCCGAAAGACGGCGUCUUUACGAGAGUCGAUCUGUAUCUGUUACCGAUGGGAAUUUAGCGGAGAAAGCGAUGGGCUCGCCAACCAUGUUGAGACGAAGAGAUUCCUUCAAGGCGAAGAGCGAAGUUAUCAAAGAGGAUGAGACGAAAAAAAGUGUUCCCAUGUUACGACAGCAGAGCAUGGAUCCUAAAUUGGAAAAGAUAGAACCAGUUGCAACACCAGCUUCGAAAAGAACAUCGACAGUCUUCGGAAGAGUGUCCAAGUUUCGGCAUUUGAAAGGCACACCGGGACACAAAUCUACGCAUAUUGAAAAUAUACGUAAUAUCAGUCGUCAAAUAUCCGGCGAGUGCGAUGGCUUUCACGCUAAUCCUGAUCGAGUAGCUGUACCUUUGAGUGGUCCAGGUGGAAAGAUAGCAGUAUUGGAGUUGAAGAAAACCGGAAGACUACCGGAUGGGGUAAUGCCAGCAUUGGUUCACGGCGCAACCGUAAUGGACUUUCAAUGGGACCCCUUUGAUAAUCAAAGAUUGGCAGUUGCUUGCGACGAUGGAAUAAUUCGAUUGUGGGAAAUACCAGAAUCUGGCUUGGCAAAACCGACAAACGAGCCGAAACACGUCAUAGAAGCUCAUACUGAUAAGAUCUACUUGAUUAAAUUUCAUCCGCUGGCUUCAAACGUGCUCGCGUCCGCUUCUUACGAUACGACCGUCAAGAUUUGGGAUUUGUCGCUCUUGUCAUCUACCGAAACAGCAAUUGCGAAAAUCACACUGACCGGUCAUACGGAUCAGAUAUUUAGUUUAGCGUGGUCGCCGUGCGGUCAGUAUCUUGCCAGCGCGUGCAAAGAUGUCAAAUUACGUAUCUACAAGCCUCGAUCGAGCGACAGUCCCGUGAAAGAGGGAAAAGGUCCCGUUGGCACGAGAGGGGCGAGAGUUGUAUGGGCGCUCGAAGGCAAAUAUCUUGUUGUAAUGGGCUUUGACAAAGUUUCUGAAAGACAGAUCUACGUAUUUAAGAUGGAUAAUCUAAAUACUCCUUUGAACACUGUUGGAUUAGACGUCUCACCUGCCAUAUUAAUGCCAUAUUAUGACGAAGACAGUUCUACGCUUUUCUUAACUGGACGUGGUGACUCUACAAUAUACGCUUUUGAAGUAACCGAGGAACCUCCGUAUUGCUGUCCACUGAGCCACCAUAGAUGCAGCAGUUUACACCAGGGCUUAUCAUUCCUUCCAAAAAAUAAAUGCGAUGUGGCUAGCGUAGAGUUUGCAUCUGCCUUGAGAUUAACAAAUAAUACAAUAGAACCUUUAAGCUUUACUGUACCGCGCAUAAAGAGUGAAUUAUUCCAAGAUGAUCUUUUCCCUCCAACCAAAGUUAUUUGGAAACCAACUUUGUCCGCAGCCGAAUGGUUUAACGGUAUCAAUAAACAGCCAUCUAGAAUAAGUCUGAAACCGCCUGGUAUGGACAAUUUAACUGAGAAUCAAUCACAAAAUGUAGUUACGCCUCCUCAAAUUGCAAGCAAACCUUCAACAACUCCUUUUGGCAUCACUGCACAACCUUUCAGUAGAUUAGGUUGGAACCCGGAUGUUAAAGCGAAACAAGAAGAGAUCCAGAAAACUAUGAGCCAUUUUGUGGGAGAUGUCAUCCAGUGUUCACUGGAACAAGAUCAUAUGGAAGGUGUAGAGGAGCACGAAUGGGACGAGUGAAACUUGAAGACCUGCGGAGACAGAUGCAACCUGAUAUGGCAAAACUCAACCCAUGUAGUUGUUCGAGCCGUAAAUUAUUUAUAAGUUAGAGUUAUAUAUCAAAGAACAUCGCAGUGUUACUGUGUACAGAAAGAGAGGCAAUUGUAUCCGAGAAAAAGACAGAGAGAGAAAGAGAGAUGUACUUCCAACGAUUUUCUUUCGAAGAGAAGACGAGCGAUAAGUACAGUGUUUUGUAUCAAUUUACAACAGUAAUACUCAUUUUUUCGUAAAUCUAGCUUAAGAUUUUGUAAACACAUUUUUCACCGCAUAGAAAUAAGAGAAAUCAGGCCUUGUUAAAUUACAUUAAUUAAUUAAUUUCUAAAAAAAAAAAGAAGAAAAAAAAA